AUGUCACAUUCACCAACCCUUUUCAAAAGCGCAUUGCUCAAGUCUGCUGCUGCCCACAGCAGCGAUCGCAGAAAUCCUGAAGAAUCCUCCGACGAUGCCGCGUCCAUAGCCUCCUACACUUCCGAACCUUCCCUGCAAACGGCCAAAGAAGAGCUGAUUGAACAAGCUAAUGCGGCUCCAGCACCUGGAUUGCAACGCCCGCCUAUUACAAAAACGUUCUCUGUACCGACGACCACGACUACUGCUUCGUCAGGCAAACAUAGCAUCACAUAUCAGCUCAACAAGCACCGGCGGAUUCUUUUCAAAGCACGCAUGUCCAAGUUUGAUAUAUCCAAUCCUGAAACGUCGAGCGAUACGUUUCGAGGAUUCUACACUCUAUUUUGGAUUGUCAUGGGAAUUUACAUUAUCCAAAGCGGCGUCCGUUGCUAUGAGCAAGAGGGCGUUGUGCUUAGUCUCGGUUUCUUCCGGCUCUUCUCCAAAGACGGACUGGCGUUGCUGAUAUCGGACAUGGCCAUGGUUGCAACGACAGUGACGAGUGUCAUGUUCUCAAAGCUGCUGGUGUGGGGUGUCAUUCCAUACGAGCCCGUAGGCGUUGUACUGCAGCACGUGUGUCAGACCGUGUUUCUGUUUCUUAACAUAUAUUGGACAUUCUGGAGGGAAUGGCCGUGGGUGCAGUCCGGAUUCUUCACGCUGCAUACGAUUGUCAUGAUGAUGAAAAUGCACUCGUACACGAGCCUCAACGGCGAACUGUCUAUCCGAUAUAGGCGCCUUAAAUAUUUAAAAGAACACGUUCCGAAAUGGAUCACCGAACAUAAAGGCGACAACGACGACAGCAGCAAGAGUCAAGAGCUGAAGGAGAUGGAGACGGAAAUGACGUUCCUUGAAGACGAGCUUGUUCAUGGCAACGUCCGUUUUCCUGACAAUGUCACAUUGCUGAAUUAUUUGGAUUAUUUAUUGGUACCCAGCUUGGUAUAUGCGUUAGAGUAUCCGCCGAUAUUCACCGAGUUUCCUUCUGUUCUCAGAAUCCGACCGUGGUAUGUCCUGGAAAAGUCUCUGGCAACACUGGGAUCGUUCCUGUUGCUCUAUGUAACAACCGAGAGAUACAUCUUGCCCAAACUUUACGACCCUGACAUGUCUGAUUUUCGUGUCAUUGUCGAGCUUCUGUUUCCGUUCAUGAUCAACUACCUGUUUAUAUUCUAUAUCAUUUUUGAGUGUAUCUUGAACGCUUUCGCAGAACUGAGCAGAUUCGCCGACCGCAACUUUUACGACGACUGGUGGAAUAGCGUAUCUUACGAUGAAUUUGCCCGCAAAUGGAAUAAGCCUGUGCAUCAAUGGCUCCUGCGCCAUGUCUAUGCACAAUCGAUGGAGUCGUAUCAACUGUCAAAGUGGAAUGCAACCCUCGUAACGUUUUUGUUUUCGUCGUGUCUCCACGAGCUGGUUCUGGUGAUCGUGACGCGUCGUGUCCGCAUGUAUCUGUUUGCUAUGCAAAUGUUUCAGCUGCCCCUGAUUGUCCUUGGCCAACACCCAUUAGUCAGAAAGCACUCCACCACGGGGAACGUGCUUCUUUGGCUAGGCAUGUUUAUUGGCCUACCGUUACUUGCGAUUUUAUAUUGUCGCGAAGCCUUCUGGUCAGACGCCAUGUUUGGCGUAGGUGAUCAGACCAUAGACCAUCAAUAA